AUGUUUAUAGGUUCUUUUGUCAGAUUCUUACUAUGUGGAACAUGUGUUCAUUUGGAAUACGCAAGCUUCUUUAUGACCGGCCACCCACUGUCUGUCUUUUUCAGUUUCCGUGCCUGUAUUGAAGCAACGACUACCCUUCCAUUUCUUGUCUCGAAUUUUAUUGAAUAUGGUCAAUUCCUAUAUGUUCCUUAUUUCCUCAGAAGUUGGGUACUACUAUUACGGAUCAAAAGUGCCAUGAAAAUCCGAACCAAUUUACAAAUGACAGACAAACCCGUAGACCCCCUCAAUACAAAACUUAUACAUUUGAUUGGUACCCUGAUUGUGCUCCUGUACAACGGCAUGUCUGCCUUUCAGUACUGUGAAGUGACAUUUGGAUCUAAUAACUACACAAUUCUUGAAUCAUUAUACGUCGUCAUGGUGACUUUGUCUACAGUUGGUUAUGGCGACAUCACACCAAACACUCAGGCCAGUCGUAUUAUUAUGAUGGCCCUCAUUGUUAUCUCACUCGCAGUUCUUCCGAGCCUUAUUACCGGAGUGCUAGACACACUUCGCAAACAGAGUGACGGGGGAGGACAUGUAGGAAGAGGUGCUAUUCCAUUUAUUCUAAUUGUUGGAUCAUUUACUACUGAACAAGCCAUCGCAAUUCUUGAUGGAUUUCUCAAUGUGGAAAAUGCAGAAUCCCAUCUUAGUGUCAUCUUUUUGGAUAAUAAUCCGCCCACUGAAGAACUCAAGCUUAUGGAAAGAAAUUCCAUGUGGGGUCAUCGUGUUCAAUUCUUACAUGGAUCUGUCUUGAGUGACGAUACUUUGAAACGAGUACAAGCCCGCUAUGCAAAGGCUAUUUUCACUGUGUCUGAUCAACAUGCUGCUGAUCCGGGAAAGGAGGACGAAAGGAAUACAGUGCGACUUUGGUCUAUAUUUUGCUACACCGUGAGCAACAACGUACCAAUCUAUACCUACAAUCUUUCGCCCAGUACCGCAGUAUACCAAAAAGUAGCCAAAGAGGUCAUUUGUGUUCGCGAAUUUAAGCAGUACUUGCUGGCUAUGAACUGCCGUUGUCGUGGCGCAUCUACCCUCAUGACCAACCUACUUCAUCAAAGAGAGCCUAUGAAUGUUUACGAUGAACCAUGGCAGGCUCAGUUUGAUGAUGGUUCGUGUAAUGAGAUUUAUAUGGAGCGUCCGAUUGAUUGCUUCAUUGGCCGUAACUUUGGACAUGUUUCUUGGCUAUUGUUCAAAGAGUGUCAAAUUAUCCUGUUUGCCAUCAAGACACGCGUUGAAGAAACCGAUGACUGUGAAAUUCUUUUGAAUCCCUGUAACAACUAUAUAAUCAAGCACGAUGAUAUUUGUGUUUAUAUAGCCGAAAGUCCCAAAGAACGCCCUGAUUAUGUUGCAAAGGUUAUUGAUUCCUUAAAGUUUAACCGAAAUCGAUACAAAAAUGAAUAUGUUCCAAAUGCCGACAUGCAAUUGCCUAAUGAUACCAUCAAGGAAAAGCAGCAACAGCAAAAGCAACAACCACCACCACCACCACCAUCAUCAUCAUUAGGAAUAGCUUCUGGAGCUGUUGGAGGGUUUCAAUUCCAAUUGAAAUUACCCAAACUUCCAGCCCGUCCUUCAAUGGCCCAAAGAUCAACUCCGUCUUAUGAUUCGUUUAGCUCAUAUCAAUGGACAGGCGGGUCUACGCAGCAAAACUAUCGUAUUCUCAAACUUCCGCCAGACAGACACGCCAUGAUCACCGGACGACGAGCCAUGAUUGCUCGACUGGGUCACACAUCCUCUAGCCCUACCGAAGACACGUCUUUACCCCAGUGUUAUUUAUUAGACGAGUCACCAAAACUGUCGGAUGUAAUGAUCACAGACACAAACACCAUCAGUGGUCAUGUCUUGGUUUGUCUUCACCGCGAGGUCAUCAAUAUCUUUAAAUUUGUUUACAACAUGAGAUCUCCAACUAUAAAGCCAGAAGAUUUGCAGGAUAUCGUUUUGCUUUGUCAGAAACAACCAAAAGCCAAGACAUUUGACUUGAUCAGUAUGUUUCCCCGUGUAUUCUUUAUGGUGGGAAAUUGCAGACAUCCUGAUGAUCUUUUACGGGCUGGUGUCAAGAGAGCAAAACAAGUCGUUGUAAUGAGUGAAAAAGAAUGUCUUGAUCAAUACGAAAGAAAUUCUGAUAGUCCUGCAGUAAUGACAAGCCAUAUUCUUGACCUCUUGUUGCAAGAAAGACCCAAAGACUCUUACACAAUUGUGAAUUUGGUCGAGAAAUCAAAUAUCAAAUAUAUGCAUCUCCUCCAAGGAAAAGACGUGGCCGAAGAAAUCGAUGUGUUCUAUACCCCAGCCUACGCAGCCGGUGAUGUUGUGGCUGAUAGUCUGAUCAGCAAUGUUCUUCUGAGCCAGACAUACUAUAAGCCCGACAUUGUGUCUGUGUUGAAGAGUCUGUGUGGUAUGCCUUGUCCAACCUAUGAUCCAUCCCCAGGCCAGAUAUCCAAUGAUAGUACUACUACUGGUGGUGGUCCAGACGUCACUUCUUCUUCUUCUCUAUCUUCUUCGUCGUCUUCAGAUAGAAUGAAGUCUCAGUUUUUGUCAAGUAUUCUUCUUCCCCAGGUGUUUGUUGGCAAAUCAUUUGCCUGUCUGUUCGAGACCCUUUUGCUCGACUAUGAUGUAUUGCCAAUCGGCCUGUUGCGCGCCACAGACGAAAUCUUUGGCAACGAAUUGCCGUUUGUCUACGCAAAUCCUGUUCCAUCUCUGAUUCUAAAAGAAACAGACAUGGUGUAUAUUUUAGCCUCACCCGGAUGGUCUUUUGACUAG